CAGGGAAAGCAUCUCGGAGGAUCGAGGAUCGGUGACCACGGCCUCAAUCUGCAGUGCGAACCCGAGCCCAGCACUGAGCUCGUUGGCGAAUUCCUGUCAUUUCUGGACAGGCGGAUUAAAAGCCAUUCUCCUUUGCUCAGGGCCACGGGGACAGGAGCGAAAGAUGACAAAUGAAAACCAGAAGUGAGAGCAGACUGAGAAAGGGGAGGGGGGCUAUUUCCCCUGCUGAGAGCGCUUUCGAAGCCCCCCACCUGCCCACCGGGGUACCCGUAUCUUCGCUCCACCCUGCCCCUUCCCAGGCUCCCCAUCCCCACCUUUGUGAGACACCCCCCAGGAUGCCCCACUGCCUGCUUCGUGAGAGUUUGCCAUCCUGGUGUGAAAUCAUAGGCCUGUAACUUCCCCUUUAAGACCGUGGGAGCCAGGGAGGCCGGCCAAGCCUGGGCUGGAGGUGGGGACAGAGGGAAGAAAGAAAAAAAGGAGAGAGAGGCAGGAAAAGUUUUUUUCAGAGGAAAAUGCUGGGUUUGUCCUUACCCCUGACGUCAGAUCUUGCUUUAAUAAAACCCCCAAGGGCUGUGGGAAGAGGCGUAUCUGGUGCUCCUGAUGGGCCGGCCAGUCUCGGCCCAGCUCCCCGGAGAGGUGGACCUCUGGGCUGCUCGGUCGAUGCCUUUGCACUGACUUCCAGGCAUGAGGUGGUUCCUGCCCUGGACGCUGGCAGCAGUGACGGCGGCAGCCGCGGGCAGCGCCCUGGCCUCGGGCCUCUCUCCAGCCCCCACGGCCAUGGCCUUCACCCCGGCGCCACUGGAGGACGCAUCCUCACGCCCCCAGUUCUGCAAGUGGCCAUGCGCGUGUCCGCCGUCCCCGCCCCGCUGCCCGCUGGGGGUCAGCCUCAUCACAGACGGCUGUGAGUGCUGCAAGAUGUGUGCACAGCAGCUCGGGGACAACUGCACAGAGGCUGCCGUCUGCGACCCGCACCGGGGCCUCUACUGUGACUACAGUGGGGACCGCCCGAGGUACGCAAUAGGAGUGUGUGCACCGGCCGUGGGCGAGGCGGAGGCCUGGCCUAGGAACUGCCUCGCCUACACCAGCCCGUGGAGCCCCUGUUCCACCAGCUGCGGCCUGGGGAUCUCCACACGGGUCUCCAACGUCAACACCCGCUGCUGGCCGGAACAGGAGAGCCGCCUCUGCAGCCUGCGGCCCUGUGAUGCGGACAUCCAUCUGCACAUCAAGGAAGGGAAGAAGUGUUUGGCCGUAUAUCAGCCAGAGGCGCCCAUGAACUUCACCCUCGCUGGCUGCGUCAGCACACGCUCGUAUCGGCCCAAGUACUGCGGGGUCUGCACGGACAACAGGUGCUGCGUCCCCUACAAAUCCAAGACCAUCAAUGUCUCCUUCCAGUGUCCCGACGGGCCUGGCUUCUCUCGCCAGGUCCUAUGGAUUAACGCUUGCUUCUGCAACCUGACCUGUAGGAACCCCAACGAUAUCUUUGCUGACUUGGAUUCCUACCCUGACUUCUCAGAAAUUGCCAAUUAGGUGGGCGACAAAACACAGGGCAUGGGCCUGGCCCAAUGCUUGCAAAGCGGCCAGCCCUCUGAGGCUCACCGUUGAGUCUUCUGUUGUCCACUUCCCGCUCAUUUCCAAAUACCCUGACCCAGACCCUUGGCCCUCUUUCCUGUCUCCGGCCACCCACAUGGCCCAUUAUGGUGCUGCUCGGGCUCAGACUAAGAGUCCCCACCCUUGGCAGAAUUCUGCACAUACUACAAAGAAAGUGUCAAUCUCCAGCCUCUCCGGACGACACUGAAGCCCAAUCCCGCCUGUGCAAGUCACCGGGAGUUCUGCUGGAUCUUGCUCAGGUCCGGGGAAACAGAAUCAGCUGGACAUUCAGUAUCACUGAUUUUCUCUUUAGAUGCCAAACCACAAGACUCUUUGGGUCCAUUCAGAAGGAUAGAAGGGAUCUAGGACAAUGGGACAGUCUGUUAUCUGGGCCCUGCUGAGUGGCACUCUAAUAGUUCUGACCACAACACACCAAAGUGUCUCUGAUUCCAAAGAUCUGUGUACCCCACGGUCACCAAACAUUGCCAAGCGAGGGCGAUGGUGGUUUGGGUCUGAUUUUUUGUGGACAAUUGUAUGCAUUAAUCUGGGCAUUGCUAGGGUUAAGUUUCUCUUCACCCUUGCACUGUGACGGGUCCAUGUCGAGUUCGUUCCUGUCUGAAAUGCAAUUUGAUAAAUUUUCUUCUUCAUAGGAAAAGUCCCCAGUCAAUACUCCAGGGGC